CUGCGCCUUAAGGAGACCUGCGGAAGUAACUUGAUCAUCUGUGCCUCGCAGCGCCUUCGCCUUUUGUGUUUCGCGGGUACAAGGUCCCCGGGUGAUUUUGUGUGUGUAUGUUACGCCCUUUACUCGGAAGUAAAUCAAGUGACUCGGACUCCUAAGCUUCAGCAAGAGGUAUACUACAAAAUGAAUGAUCCUGCUAUCAAACGAAUAACAAAUGAAAUUAUCAAAUCACCUGAGGAUAAACGAGAAUAUCGUGGGUUAGAACUGGCAAAUGGCAUCAAAGCAAUGCUUAUCAGUGAUCCCACUACAGACAAAUCUUCAGCUACACUUGAUGUACACAUAGGAUCAUUAUCUGAUCCCCCUAAUAUUUCUGGAUUAAGCCAUUUUUGUGAACAUAUGCUAUUUUUGGGAACUGAAAAAUACCCAAAAGAAAAUGAGUACAGCCAAUUUCUCAGUGAACAUGGAGGGAGUUCAAAUGCUUUUACAAGUGGAGAACACACCAACUACUACUUUGAUGUCUCACACGAACACUUGGAAGGUGCUCUUGACAGGUUUGCCCAAUUUUUCUUGUGCCCUCUCUUUGAUGAAAGUUGCAAAGAUAGAGAAGUAAAUGCUGUUGAUUCUGAGCAUGAGAAGAAUUUAAUGGAUGAUUCAUGGCGACUAUUUCAGCUAGAAAAGGCUACUGGAAAUCCUGAUCAUCCAUUUAGCAAAUUUGGGACAGGGAACAAGUUCACUUUGGAAACUAGACCAAACCAAGAAGGAAUAGAUAUAAGGCAAGAGCUAUUGAAGUUUCACUCCACUUACUAUUCAUCAAAUUUAAUGGCUGUUUGUGUUUUAGGACGGGAAUCUUUAGAUGAGCUAACCAGUCUGGUGGUGAAGUUAUUUUCUGAAGUAAAGAAUAAAAAUGUUCCAUUACCAGAAUUUCCUGAACAUCCCUUCCAGGAAGAACAUCUCCGGCAACUUUACCAGGUGGUACCUAUUAAAGAUUUUAGAAAUCUUUAUGUCACAUUUCUAAUACCAGAUCUUCAGAAAUACUACAAAUCAAACCCUGGCCACUAUCUUGGUCAUCUUAUUGGGCAUGAAGGUCCAGGAAGUCUUUUAUCAGAACUGAAAGCUAAAGGCUGGGUAAGCACACUGGUUGGUGGACAAAAAGAAGGUGCUCGAGGCUUCAUGUUUUUUAUCAUUAACGUUGAUCUUACUGAAGAAGGACUGUUACAUGUGGAAGAUAUUAUUUUGCAUAUGUUUCAAUAUAUUCAAAAGCUACGCACAGAAGGACCUCAAGAAUGGGUUUUUCAAGAAUGUAAGGAUCUAAAUGCUGUAGCAUUCAGAUUUAAAGAUAAGGAAAGACCCCAAAGUUAUACAUCAAAACUUGCAGGGAUGCUUCAUUACUAUCCUAUUGAAGAAGUUCUUGCUGCUGAAUAUUUACUUGAAGAAUUUAGACCUGAUUUAAUAGAAAUGGUAUUGGACAAACUGAGACCUGAAAAUGUCCGGGUUGCAAUUGUCUCUAAGACAUUUGAAGGAAAAACUGAUAAAAAAGAACGAUGGUAUGGAACCCAGUACAAGCAAGAAACAAUUUCUGAUGAAGUGAUUAAGAAAUGGCAAAAUGCUGACCUUAAUGGGAAAUUCAAGCUUCCGAUGAAAAAUGAAUUUAUUCCUACUAACUUUGAAAUUAUACCUUUAGAGAAGGAUGCACCACAGUACCCAACUCUGAUUAAGGAUACUGCUAUGUGCAAGCUGUGGUUCAAGCAAGACGACAAAUUUUUCCUUCCUAAAGCUUGUCUCAACUUUGAAUUUUUCAGCCCAUUUGCUUACGUGGAUCCCUUACAUUGUAACAUGGCCUAUUUGUACCUUGAACUACUCAAAGACUCCCUCAACGAGUAUGCAUAUGCAGCAGAACUAGCUGGCUUGAACUAUGAUCUCCAAAAUACCAUCUAUGGGAUGUAUCUUUCUGUAAAAGGUUAUAAUGACAAGCAACACAUUCUGCUGAGGAAAAUUAUUGAGAAAAUGGCUACCUUCGAGGUUGAUGAAAAGCGAUUUGAAAUUAUCAAGGAGGCGUACAUGCGGUCACUUAACAAUUUUCGAGCUGAACAGCCACAUGAGCAUGCAAUGUAUUACCUUCGGCUCCUAAUGACAGAAGUUGCCUGGACCAAAAAUGAAUUAAAAGAAGCUUUAGAUGAUGUCACUCUUCCUCGCCUCAAGGCCUUUAUUUCACAGCUGUUAUCACGGUUACAUAUUGAAGCACUUCUCCAUGGCAAUAUAACAAAACAGGCUGCGUUAGGAAUUAUGCAAAUGGUUGAAGACACGCUCAUUGAGCAUGCUCAUACAAAACCUCUGCUUCCCAGCCAGCUAGUAAGAUACAGGGAAGUACAGCUGCCUGAUAGAGGAUGGUUCGUCUAUCAACAGAGGAAUGAAGUUCAUAAUAAUUGUGGGAUAGAAAUAUAUUAUCAAACAGAUAUGCAAAGCACUUCAGAGAAUAUGUUUUUGGAGCUCUUCUGUCAAAUUAUCUCAGAGCCUUGCUUUAAUACUCUACGCACUAAGGAACAAUUAGGUUACAUUGUGUUCAGUGGUCCACGGAGGGCUAAUGGUAUCCAAGGUCUGCGGUUCAUCAUCCAAUCGGAAAAGCCCCCACACUACUUAGAGAGCAGGGUUGAAGCCUUUUUAAAAACCAUGGAGAGAUCCAUAGAAGAUAUGUCAGAAGAAGCUUUCCAGAAACAUAUCCAGGCUUUAGCAAUUCGCCGCCUUGACAAACCAAAGAAACUGUCUGCUGAGUGUGCAAAAUACUGGGGAGAAAUAAUUUCACAACAAUAUAACUUUGAUAGAGAUAACAUUGAAGUGGCAUAUCUCAAGACCCUUACUAAGGAUGAUAUAGUGCAUUUUUAUAAGGGAAUGUUGGCAGUAGAUGCCCAAAGAAGGCACAAAAUAUCGGUCCAUGUACUAGCAAGGGAAAUGGAUUCCUGUCCUGUUGUAGGAGAGUUUCCAUGCCAAAAUGAUGUCAGUCUAACACCAGCACCACCACUGCCACAGCCAGCUGUGAUUGAAAACAUGACCGAGUUCAAGCACAGUCUACCACUCUUUCCUCUGGUGAAACCUCAUAUCAAUUUCAUGGCUGCAAAACUGUGAAGAAUCUUGCUGGAUGAAGAACUGGAAGUGGAUCAAUAUGCCUUCACUGGCAUUUCAUAAUGAGCAAACAUCUUAACCUUUAGGACAAACGAUCCAAGAUUCCUGAUUCCUUCUAGGUUCAUUUGGCAUCGGUGGUGCGGUAGGGAUACAGCAAGUUAAGAAAGUAUGCUGUAGUCAUGUGUUAUGUCUGUCAUAGAGCCACUACUGGAAACUAAAGUUAAGUGGUAUAUAUAAAGAUCUGUGUAGGUAAAUGGUAUAUUUUACAAUAAUGUGGCCCUUUAAAAGUUUAGUUUGCAUGGAUUGUGAAGAAGUUUCCAUAACAGUCUGAUCUUCAUUUGCAGGUCAUUGCUUUUCUUUAAGAUCAACCAUUUUGGAAGCUUAUUUUAUUAGACGAGGAACAAAAUAUUAUUAAAAGGCCACAUUGAUGUUUUUAAAAGAAGCAUGGAGUAAUACCAUUUUUAAAUUUAAAAAAAAAAAGAUUCUCAGAAGCAGCCAUUUAGAUUCUAUGUAAAAAUCAGUGGAAAAGAGGAGGAAAAAAUUAACAAAUAUCUUUGAAGAGUUAUUAGAUAUGUCAACAUAGUUUUAAUCUUUAUACCUAUUUGAGGACAUUUUAUAUACAUACUAGUAAAAUGCUGGAAACACUUGGGUAGCCAUGUUUUUCUUACCAAGAGUGUUACCUUACGUUUAUAAUCUUCGUGUUUUCUUAGGGUUGCACUGAUAAUGUUUCUUUGACUUUGACAAAUAAAAUUACUUCAGCAAUUUUUUUUCUUCCAGUUGUCAUGUACUGUUUUAGGACAAAUCUAAUGGGAUUUGUGUACUGUAUGUCUUGUUAAAGGCCAUCAAUAGUUCUUGAUAGGUGUUUAAACUGCAGGCAAACACUCCUUCUUUUACCAGAAACUCACAAUUUAAUAUUUUCCUGGAUUCACUGCACACUGUUUGAACGUCCAGAGUGUGGUCACCUGGUGUGAGCAGCCUUAGACACAGCCAGUCUGCACCUGCCUCAGUUCACUAAGGCUUGUUGCAGAUUCUCAUGCCACACAGACAUCUUUCUCAGGCAUAGUUGUUUAAAGUGGAAACUAAUACACAGAGUUCAUGCCCAUCAGUAGUAAAUAUCAACCUAAUGAUGCAACAUCAAGUUGAACUUUCCCCAAUCACUUGUCUGUUCAAAAGAUUUCAGUAGUUUAAAUGCAGCCUAAAUUCUUAGCCUGCAUCACGUUUUUGUGGCACUUCAGGCAUCUGAAAUGCAGCAGUAGCACAAUAUGAUAACACUGUUUAUGAUUCAGAGUAGCAACCUUGCACCAAUUGAUUUUGAGAAAGACAGCACAAAGGAGAGAUGAUGCUUGUGCAAAAUAAAUGUGGAAACAAGUAUAAAUAAACUUAACAUUUUAAUUGUGGAACUAAAAAAUGUUUAAUCAAGAUAUGGAAUGGCGAUGCCACUAAAAGCACAUGGAGAAAGACCAGGUGCUGAUUUGGGGCUGGACUGGGCUGGGGAGUGAAAAGGUUUUUGCGUUUCCAGUGGUAACACGUUAUUGCAGUUCUUACUAUGUUUUCAAGUUCAUUCCCCUGAUACUAGUACUAAACCUUUAGUCAUGAGGACCUUCCACUCUAAUAUUACAGGCCUUAGAAAAUGAGACUGGAAUGUGGGUGUUGUGGUUACACCACGCAUACGUUUUUGCUAUGAUUAAUUCCACUGAUGCCUUGUUGGUUGUAAAACGUAUGUUACAUCUUCUGGAAGAGACAAUAUAUAGAGCAGUUUACAUUAAUGUAGAAAAACAACUAAAGAGAGAACGUGGAAUUAAUUGAAGUGCUGUAUAAUUAGUGUAUUUCACCUGGAUGAGUUAAUUUAAAGAAGGACAGCGUAUUCUUACAUCAUGUACUUGAACGACUGAAAGGCAAUCUUUCAUGCCUCAAAGGUUCACCAUUUUGUUACUCCGGAAGAUGUAUUUUUCAACACGUAGACAAGAUUGGAGCACUGUUACUUAAUAUCGUAACAGACUGAAAACUGAUCUGAAGGCAUCAGCCGGAUGGUCUGUUCACACUGUAAUAAAUGGCAUUGUUUGUUGAAGCUGCAUAGAGGGCUGUGCAGUGCUUUGAAGCCCAUUGGCAAGAGGUGCUUUGGCAUACGUGAGAAUGUGAAUGCAGCGCUGUUUGCCCCUUAUUAGAGCAAUGGUGACUUUAAUUCUAGGGUUGCCUGGCUACUAUGGGGAGGCUUCUGCAAUCGCAGGAGCCUGGAAACAAAGAUGGCUCUCUGAAUGAGACACAGGCAGGUUUUGCAUUCACGCUCCCAUGUGUUCCAAAGCGCCUUUUCCAAACUGAGCCUGAAACAUCGCCCCACGCUUGGAGGAGGCCCUUACCUUGAACUUGCCUUGUUGUAUAACGCCUUGAUCCUGAGGUAUACGUAUGUACAGGCCUCGCCCCCCUUUUUUUGACCCAAGGGUACAUUUGGAAUUUUAAGAACCUGUUGCGAUCAUUCUUUCAAAUGCCUGCUGUGGGGUUGCCCAGUCAAAAACUGACUGCCACAGAAGAUACAGCCAGUUUCAAAGCACUGAUUUACCAAGAUGCUAUAUGACACUCCUUCCCUGCCACCCUUAUGUUUGUCCUUUUUCUGGGCAAGUGGGCACACUGACAAACCAACUCAAUCUACACAGUCACAGCCUUCAAGAUGAAGCAUUCUUGAACCUAAAUCUGAUGCUUGAGACUGGCAUUUGCUUGCGGCAUGCUAGUUUCUUACUUUUCAAUUAAAGAAGGCAAAAAGCAAAGUCCACUGACAUGUUGACACUCCUGUAUGCCAUCUUGGGGACUCCACAUGUAUCAAAUCAAAAGUUGAGACUAAAUCUGUAGAGGAUGUCCCAAUUAUUCAAUGAGCAGUGCUUAAAAUAAUUGCAUCAAUUUUUUUAUUCAUUAAACAUGAAAAACAUGCCAACAAUAUUUAUGGCAAAGUUUGCAUAAAGAUUUCUCUUUUUAUACCAUUUUCUUCCAAAACUUAGUGUCCUCUGGAUGUGUUAACAUACAGUAUAACUCUUAGGUUAUACUUCCUUAGGUGAUGCUUACUGAAAAUUCUGACAAUCUCAGUCCUAACACAUCUGGAGAGUGCCAGAUGGUUAGGAGGCUGUCCUAGAGUGACAGCACAGAUUUGCACAAGUUCCUUGAGGCUGGGGCUAGUUCUAGUCAUAACUCAAGACAAGGAUGGGCAGCUCAGUGCCCUACGGAGUUCAAGGUUGCAAUUAAAAUAAUCCAUAGAACACCUGUAAUUUGGGCUGCUCAUGGUGAUUCCCAUCUGCUAAAAAAUUUUCAGCUGGGAGGAAAGAUGCUAUAAUUUGAGUUUGAUUAAUGUUUACUGUGUCCCCCCAAACUAUCAGCAGUCUUCAGUCAUCUUGUCCCAUUUCUUAAUAAUAUGAAAAUGAAUUUGGGGGAACAAAGCAAACCAAUUAAAACUGUAUGCUACUUUACAGAGAUGUUGCCAUCUGUCUGCAAGGAACAGACACAAAUAUUUCUUCAUACAUUUAUCUAUCUGAUAAUUACCUUCACCUCUCGUCUUCACACAUGCCUAAUAGAUUUGUCUUUGCACAAAACCUCGUUUUUAAUACUUUAUCUAUUCUCCUUCACAUGUAGUUAAAUUAUAUGUACUGUAUGAGGUUUUUUUAAAGGUAGAAAUGCAUACUAUAAAUUUAAAAUGGGGGUGGGGGGUAUUUAAGCUUGCACAGCAGUCAGGAACUGUCAGUUAUUCCUGCAAUGAAAAUAAGAUUCUGAAAUAAAGAAUAGUUCCUAAAGCAUCUCAAGUAUUUUAAAACCUUGUAGUUAUUUAUUGCUUCCAUACUCAUAAAAGUUACUCUGUUUGUAAUAGGCCGUGUAUUUAUAUUGCAAGCAUGAAAAAAACAUAGAAAUGCAUUUUUAUCACAAGUGUAACAUUGUAUCCAAGUACAGGUGAUGUUCAUUAUCAUAACACUAAAUAUCGGGGCUGAAGUUACAACAUGGACAAAACAUCUUUUGUUCUGACAUAACAUUGGCAGGGUGCAUGCCAGUUUUCAGACUAAAUCUUAAAUUUGGAAGUACUCAAUCUGGAAUCCUUGGCAGGAAUGCCUGAGAGAUUCAUCCUUAAAUACAAAGUGCUGAUCAGUGUAUAUACAGAGAUUGGCUGAUUUGUCCCUCAGAAGCCAUCAUUUCUGCCUGAUGGAAGUCCCCCCUUAAAAAUCAUCUCUUAACUUUGGGGGAGGCCAUCGAUUGAGGGAUGCUGGAAAGUGGUGUAUGUCACCUGAUCUAUAUUAAUUUAUUGGAUUUUUACUCAAUAUAGAACAGUAAGGGGAAUGGCCUCUUCAAAAUAUUACUGAACUGCAUUUCCUUUACCCCUCACCUUUGGUCAUGCUGAUUAUGCUCCUGAGAACUGUAGUUCAUUUAUAUCUGGAAAGCCACGUGGACUGGGUUCUAGCCAAAGGUAUAAUAAAAGACCAAUGGCAGAAUUAGGGGCAUUAUUCUAAAAGAUAAUGAAUUUGGCAUGCCCAUGUAGUAGGAGCAGAUCAUGCUCCCUAGUAUAUAUUUAAUUUUAAGUGUUCUCCAGCAUUUUAUAGUUUGCGUUUGAUAAAACAAUGCAGUUUGAUAACUCAGGCAUUCAGUGGAUUCUCUCUAGUAGAUCCAAAGCUGCAGUGUCAAUAAGCAAUAACAAAUUACUUAGUUAUACUGUUAAUCAGUUCUAGUGCUCGUUAACAAAAUGUAUGUAACCAUAAAUAAUGACUACUGUAAUUUUUGCAAGUGCUGUUUUAAAAAGUUGAUUUAGAAUCUGGGUGCAUGUUGACACAGUAUGGCACAGUAUUUGUCAUACUCUUGAUAAUAAACCAUCUGAAUAUCUUGUCUGGA